CCGUGGUAUUUCUAUCCACAGAUCCAAUAAAAAUUAUUAAUACGAAUAAUAAGUUAAGUAGUUUAAAGGAAUUAAUUUUCGCGGGUUUUUAUCAUUUACAGCAAUUUUUUUUUUUUUGAUUUGCGUAGAACUAAAUAUAAUUUGUAUGUGAAUUUCACCUACAUAAACGCUCUUGGAAAAAGAUACAAAUUGAGAAACAAAAUGUCAACAAAUCCUUUUCUCACAAAAUUCGUUAAAAUUGUUUCUCGCGAAAAUUAAAUUUUGUUUUCAAACAAUUUCUCGCGAAAAUUAUUUUCCUUUAGGUAGGUCGUCGAUCAUAUUUGUGUUUUGUUUCGUUUGUUUUUAAGCCAAAGAGGCUUCCUUUCUCUUUCAGCCAAUUCAAAAUAAACACUGGAAACGAGGUUGAUUUAGAAAAUAACAUUUAAACUUUGGAAUGUAGGUUUUAAAAAAGGUUUUAGGUCAGGAAUAUUUAGGCCAGGAAUAUUUAGGCCGGUUAUUUAAGCAUUUUAGACUGAUAUAAACUGAAAAUUUUUUUUGGAAUAUUAUAUGCAGAAAAACAGUCAAUACUGUUCAGAAAAAAGUAUCAAGUUUUAAUUUCGAUAAUUAUUUUUCUGAUUUUUCGCGCGCCAUGCUAAACAUGUUAAAAUCAUACGCCCUGCUAAGCCAUUAUAAGCGCAACUAAUGUUUCGUCCUGCUUGGUUGAUUUUCACAGAAAAUAUUAUGCCGAAUCUGAGCUCGUGCAGCUGCAGAGGCCUGCACAAAAACUCAUGGAGACUCUCCCUAUAAUGUUUAUACUCGAUUUACAAUUCUUACUACAGGGAAAUAGAUAGGGUUGACUCUAUGGCAACAUCAAAUCAAAUGUGAACUAUUCAACAGCUUAAUUAUUAUUAUGGUUGGAAUUAGAAUAUUUAUAAUACCAUGGUUUGUUUUAUCUGUUGCGAACUUUCUAUACGUAACUGCAAAUCUCGAUGGAUUGUGUGAACAGCAAGCUAAAAGUGCUUUCAGUUUGAUCAUGUUUGGGCAUUCUCACGACAAGGAUCAUUGUCAUCGUCUUUGCUGUGGUAAACGCAACUGUCACGUGUCUAUUUUCUCGAAGAAACAAUGUUUUGGUGUACAUUGUAAACAUCCCAAACUUUGUGCAACCAUCACUAAACAACUGGGUGACUUCGAAGGACAUAGAGUGGACAGAAGAUCGACAUUUUCACAUGCAAUUCCUAUAGGCAGUACCACAUCAUCACUUUUAUCCCAGCACAAUAAAAGGUCUCUAGAAGAAGAUGACAGCGAUGCCUCUGAAGAUGAUGAAGAAAAUCCUACAUGUGCAGCUGAUUUUAAAAAAUCGUUUAUCCCCAGUCGAAAAAAAGGUUUUAAAUUUAUUAAACUUCCUCACAAAAGCAACCUGCUGGCGUGCAGUGAUCAAUGCUGUGGGACUGAUGAAUGUGUUUUAGCAUUCACGAUUAAAAAUUCAUGUUAUGGUGUGAUGUGCUCGCUCGGUGAAAAUUGUCAUUCGGUACGAGAUAAGCUACCGCAUUCAAGUAUUGCUGUUGCACUGAAGUUGAAAGAGUCCCUACACAAGAAAACCAAGCACAGAAAACAUCAAAAACACAAGAAUCUCGAACAAUCCCACGAUUAUGAGACAAAAGAAAAUGGUGAUAAUGAUGAUGAUCAUGAUGAUGCUGAUGACGAAAAAGAAGAGGAAAAGCAAAAUGAGCAAAGACUAAAAAAGCCCAAAAAUCAUGAAUUUUUUCCAAAUUAUCAGUUACUGCAUCAGAUAAAUUCUGGCAUUUCUCAGUUAGAUGAUGAAAAAAUGGGAAAAGUUAAGGAAUCCGUUCCCUUGCAUCCGACCAAUGUAAUGUCGUAUAAUACACCUGUAGGUAAGCAUUUAAGGAAGCACCAUAAGCAUAAACACAAGUUUGACAGCAACAACCUGGAUGAGGAGAGUAUGACCCUCUUCUCGGAUCAAGCUACAAAAAGAACAAAAGUAUACCUUGAUACGGAAGGCGAAGAUACAUCUCGGGAAGAACAAGAAAAGUUGUCUCCUGAAGCAAUAGGUUUUGAUAAACCUAUGGUUACAUCUCCUUAUCAGCCAACUACAACCACCACCUCAAGAGCUAGUUCUAGUUCUACAACUAUGCCUAGUACAACAACGUCUACCUCCACUGUUGCUCCUACCACCACAACAACUUCGACUACUACUACGACGGUGACCAGUUCUUCAACAACAACAACAACCUCAUCUGUUGCCAUGACAACUAAUCAGCAUUCGCCAAACGCAUCGACAACUGCUCAUUCGUCGUCAAAAACCACAAAAAAGCCUACGGAAGACAUUUUGCUGAAACGAAUUGAGAGCUUGGAACAAAAAUUAGAAUCCAAAGUUGGACAAUCAAAAGGCAAAAAAUCUCAUCAUAAAAAUAAAAAAAAAUUAAAGAAGAAAGGGAAAAAGAAGAAUAAAAAAGAGGAGAUGAAGAAGAAGAAGAAGAAAAAGAAAAAGAAGAGAAAGAUUGGAAAAAAAGUUGAGGAAUUUGAAAGUUCUGGUUCUGGUAGUGGGUACAUUGAAACUGAGACUCAAUUGAAUAAAACUAAAACGAAUACGUUUGAAAGUUCUGGUUCAGGAAGUGCGGAAAAUAUAGAUGACACCGAAUCAGGCGAAGGAAUGUAUGAAAAAAUAAAAAAGGUUCCCCAAACACCUGUUAAAGUGAUAAAAACUUCUAAAUCCCACAAAAGAUUGCAGAAAAAUGAAAAACGGAAUAAAAUAACAAAGCAAAUUAAUGGUAAUUCAAGUCGAGAUUCCAAAUCUAAAAUGAAGAAAAUUGGACGAACUCAAAAGAAUCAAAUAAUUCCUGAUAAAGAGGAUGAUAGUUUUCCUGUAAAGCAUCUUCCAUCAUCUACUCCAUUAGACAAGAAAAACUUUACAAGCAUUGCUACAAAUUAUCUUGAACAUUCAAAACUUUCUAACAAGGAUAGAAAUGAGGAAAACUUACUGGAAGAAUUCAAAAAAUUUAAAAAGCUUUUUGAAUCAAAUUCAGCACUGCCAGAUACUGCAGGUAACGCUUCCUCUGAAAAGGUAAGUAUAUCUAACACAACGACAAAAGGAAAACAGAAUGUUGUUUUGCAAAACAAAAAUUCUACUAUGAGCAAUAACUUAAAUCAAACAAAAUCAAAAUAUACUGAAGAGAAAUCAAAAAACAAACACACAGUUCGCGUAAAUGCAUCCGUCAAGAACAAGAACAUCACAACACUAAAACAUGUGAACAGAACUGCUCACAAGGAAAGAGUUGUUCCAAUUGUACAGCAACGUUCUAAUACAAAAGGACAUAGUGUGAAAAAUAUCUCCAGGUAUAUCGAGCCAACAAGAAAUCAAAUAAAGAUAGAAAUUGAUACAAAACGAACUAAUAAUAAGAAACUGAAAACAAACGUAUCUGAGAUAAAAUCACACGUACUUAAUACUACUGUGCUAACGAAAAAACACCCAGAAAAACUAAAUCAUUCUGUCAACCAUAAACCUACCAAUAAACCUACUAAUCAUAAAGUUCAGAACCAUCCAUCGACAAAGUCUACUAAAACAACGUCGAAAUCAAGUUCUACUAUAUCCUCUCAUGACCUUCAUCAUAAAGCAACUUUAAAUAUGCUAAAUGUGAACAAACAUGUUAAUAAAACAAAUAAAAUGCAGAAUAAGAUAAACAACAACAACAACAACAAAAAGAACAUUAACAAUGGCAACAGUAACACCAACAACAAUCUCAACAACAAGAGUAACAACAUUAACAAAAACAAGGUUGACAAUAAAAAGAAAAUUCCCACAUUAAAUAUUGCAAUUGGUGAUGAAGAUACAAACAUUGCUGCUAAUAAUAAGAAACAUAAAAUAGCUGCAGUCCACAAACCUACUGCAAAAGUUAUUUCAAAUUCCAAAAAACAGGCGAGCAUUCAACAAAUUAAUAAUCGGGCAGUUAACAAAAAACCAAUGGGGAUAGCAACAGGUAAAAAUAGGUUAAAUGAAAUAACGCCAACACCAAAUGGAAGGAAGAAGAAAGUUCUGCCACAAAAGACUACUACAUUGGCUCCUCCAACACAGAAAAAACCGGCGAAAGCGAUAAAGAAUACACAGGUUAUGCAAAAACCUAAUGUAAAUAUUGCAAAACCAACUGCAAAUGUGCAGAAACCUUCAGUAAAGUCUGUUGUGAUACUAAAGGUACCGCCAAAGAUACCACAGAAUAAAACUGCAUCAGAAAGUUUGAAAAAAAAAACAGUAGUCAACAAACCUUUAAAAGAUUUAAACAAUGGAGCGAAACCAAAUAUUGAGAAUCUAUCUCCAAUAGAAAUACAUCAACCAAAGAAAGAUACUAUCAUUAGAAUACCAGAAACUGCAAAUAAAAAUGGUGUAUUGAAAAUAAAUGAAAAACCUCAGGCAAGUAUGUUGAUUAAAAAAGAACCGCAUGACUUGAGCAAGCAUUUGAAUGCAUUAACUGGAUCUAGUUUACUCUUGCAUGGCAAUCACACAAUUCAUAAUCAGAUUCCUGUCAAAACAACAAAUACGUUAAGCCCAAUUAUAAUUCCUGGUGCAAGAAUGAAUCACAUUGCGCAGCAAAAUAUUCAUCCAAAAUUAGUUGCACAUCAACUGAAUAUCAACACUCCUGUGUCUCCUGCAAAUAUAAAAAAUAUAAAAAAUAUAAAUGAUAAAACGAACAUAAGGAAAGUAGAUGUUGAUGCUGUUGCACAAAAGAAGAAUCAUGCUCAAUUUGAAAAUCAAUUGUUAAACGAGAAAAAAAAUCAACAUGAAAUUAAUACAGGUGGAAUUCUCCCAAAUCGUCUCCCUAUGGUUGCACACAAUAUAGAGAGGUUGACAAGCGUACCUGAGGGUGUCCAGAAUGUCGAUAUUCACAAAUUAAAUAUUGGCGACGCGUUGCUAAAGGAACAGCCUGUGAUUCAUCAACAGAAAGCAAUAAACAAACCAGAAAACAACCUACAUGAACUUAAAAACAACAUUGGCGAACGCGUUGGAGAAGUUAAAAAUAACCUUCCAACUACACCACAGAGGAUCAAACAAACCACAAACAAACUUUUGGACGAUCUUGACAAUUCAAUGAAGAAAAUCGCACCUAUUGAAAAAACAAAGAAUUUCAUGGAUACAAAGAAACUUCAAAAACAAAGCACUAUGAAUCCACCGAUAAACAGAACAAAUACAUCGCAACGUCACAAUCUUCCAAAAGUAGCUAUUAACGUAAAACCUAACAAAAUAAUGCCGAAAGAAACAGAACCAAUACAUGGGCUAAAACCUACAAAACUGCACAAGAAAGUUUUUGAUGAUUUCUUCCAUGAAAAUGACAAUAACACUGCUGGCUCUUCUAACACAAUUGAACAGUUUCAUCAGAAGUCAACAACGCCUGUUCCAAAAAGAGAACAAGACGACUUAAAAAAAUUCUUUGACAAUGUUGACAUAAAUGAUGAACCAGUUGAGAAUAAAACUCUUAAAACAAUCGUCCCUCAUGAGAUUCACAAACACGAAAAAGAAGAUAAAGAAAAACAAAGUGCACUUGAAUUACCUAAAGAUUGUGUAUUAACAGCCGAUGUCCAUAACAAGAUUUUCAAAUACGAUAAAAUCGACACGCUUUCUAAAAUACCCAAGGUAGACUUUCACGAGUGUGCCAAGGAAUGUUGUCAUAUCAAGAAUUGCGCCGUUGCUGCGUUGGAGGAUGGGGUCUGCCAUUUAGUGCAAUGUCAAAACAAAACAAUUUGCGAAACAUUGGUUGCCAGUAAGAAGAGUACAAGACUGAUGUUUUUUAAAUCAAGAUAUGGUAGAUCUAAUGUCACUCAAGAGUUGUAUUGCAAGAAACAACUUGCCACUGGCAUUCCGUGGCAGAAAACACUUGCUGGUACUGUUGCUCUGAGAGAUUGUCCGCGGGCUGCUUUAGGUAAAGCAAAGAGACUUUGUAACCAACAAGGAGACUGGGAACAACCUGAUUUCAGUGGAUGCAUAUCUCAUGAUUAUUCGAGAAUGUUUGACAAGGUAAAACAGCUCGGCCGUGGCAUUAACGUAAGAUCACUGCUGCAGGAAUUGGAUGACGUCACAACUCAAACCAUUGACAAUUCGUUGAUAUUUGGUGGAGAUUUAUUAAAGGCUGUGCAAGCUAUUUAUUCAAUCAGUAAAUACGUCAAUCAAACAACCAGCGAAAAGUUAAACCAUGAUGACAUGCGAAGUAUCACACGGUCUGUAAGCAAUCUUCUGGACGAAACAAAUAAAGAUGAAUGGAAGAAUCUGGGGGCCACGUCAAAAGCGAACCCAAUAGAUCCAACAAAGCUGAUGAUUUCUCUUGACACGAUUGGUUUGCGCGCUGCAGGUCAGCUACCCAGGCCAAUGAACAUGAAACCUGUCAUCACGAGAAGUAUUUUACUCGCUGUCUCAAAAAUCAAACCAGAACUGAAUGGAAGAAACUAUACCUUUCCUACCAAUAUGGUACCUCUUAUGAAUGAAUGGACUGCAAGAAAAGAUUCAAUUACUUUGCCUCGCAAUGUUUUUAAGCCCGGUGAAGUUACACUGGUCGCGAGUAUGUCUUUUAAAACGUUGGGUCAUUUUUUGCCUCACAGAUGGAAUAGAAAAAGACACGUCAUUUUUACAGAUGGUUAUGUGGUCAACAGCAAUGUCAUAUCAUGUGCAGUGCAUCCAAAACUUUCUUUCCAACACAAUGCAACUGUUACGAUCGUCUUACAGCAUUUAAAGGAAUCAAAUCCUGCUGAAUCAAAGUGUGUUUUUUGGGAUGUCAAUGACAGGGAUAAUACCGGAGGAAGCUGGUCUACUGAAGGGUGUUGGGUAGAUUUCACCAACAAAACGACAACAGUGUGCAAAUGCUCACAUCUAACUCACUUUGCAGUUCUUAGUAACAUUAACGAUCAAAAGAUAUCUGAAAAGGAACAGAAAAGGGAAAAUGUAGUCGUUGCAGCAUGGCUUGGUAUACCAGUGGCUGUCAUUCUUCUACUUGGAUCUUUAUAUGUCUGCUUCGCUUGGACAAAAAAUCCUCGAAGAAGACAUGUAGUAAUAAUGGACAAAAGACCAACGUUUCCUGAUAAAGAAGUGGUUGUCACGCAAACAAUAUCGGAAAAAUAUCCUGGUUCGCCAAACAGAUACUUGUAUGCGGCGAAUUGCACUCCAAGCCCUUCUGAGCUCGAGUGGGAGCAUGCUUGGGAUGUUCUUACUGACUGUGAGAGUCAUGAUUGCAAAGACAAGAGAAGGCCAAAAGAAACAAUGAAUAAGAAUGAAAGUACGGAGCCAGCGUUGAAUGUUGGCAGUAAACUCUUGGAUACCUCUUUUUGUGUUGCAAUAGAUGAUAUGCCGUAUACGAGUAUUUUUACCUUGCACGAAGUCACCAAGUAUUUUCAAAUCUCAUUUGAACCAAAUGCAACGUUGACCGAAUCGAAAAGUCUAAAUGAUGAAACUGAAUCGACAUGCAGUGAGGAUACUCUAAAGAAUGGUGAAUACAUGGAAAAUAAAAAAAAGGUAAAAGAAGAAGAAGAAGAGAUAACAACAGAAAACGUAGAAGAAUUAAGGAGAGAGGGAGAGAACAUAGAAUUGGAGGCAUGUGAAAUGGGUAGUAUUGCAGUAAAUGUAUACGAAGAUGGUUGCAAGACAACAUUAUUUGAUUUAGUGAAAACAAAGGAUGUUUUACCAAACAGCGCUUGCCAAGACAUUUCAUUAGAGCACGAGAAUGUAAAUGAAAAGCAUAUAACAUUUUCUAGCGUACAAACGUUUAUUGGCGUUGACUUGAGUACUUUCUCAAGAAUUCACUACUGUUUUAUUUCAAAAUUAUAUAUUCUAUUAAAGGAAAACUUUCUUGUACGUAAAUACGUCCGAUUUUCUCGAAUGGUUGUGCUGACUGAACAAAAUAAUUCAAGGCGAAAAGACCUUCAGAAAGAACAGACUGUGUUAUUAACGCCGUUUGUAAAACCGACAAUAAAAUCGAUUACAACCUUGAAAUCCACACUGCAUACGACGUCGAUAUCUCCACCGUCUACACUAACAGUUAUAACGUCAACAACAGCACCAAUUCCAACGUUUAGAAAUGAUUGGUCACUGUGGAAAGAUAUUGACUAUACGCAACCAAUCAAAAACGUUGUCGAAUCGACGGUCCAUAAAUAUAUGACUAUGGAAAAACAAUUGCAUAAAAUUAACCGUGCCUCGAAGGAGCUGUCGUUUGAAGGUUUAAAUAAAACCACGUCAAAUAGUCAAACAAUCCGACAAAAGGACGUCAAAGCGACAACGAACGUCGGACACAACUUUCGUACACAAACAGCCCAUAUGAGAAGUUACAUAGCCCUGCGUCAGCAAUCAAGACGAAAUGAUAUCCAACUGACUUAUAGAAGCACCACCAGAAAGCCUAAAAUUUAUAAAAGCGUGACGUUUAAACGAAAAAUGGGCAGUCGAGAGGGUAGUGAGAGCAAAUUGAAAAACCCAUCUAUACCAUCGCCACAGAAAAUAGCUAACAGGCCAAAUACGAAAGAAGAAUUCUUAAACGUCUUAAAAUUAAACAAGGCUAUUGUAGGGACAAAAAGCUCUCGGUGACACGAUUUUUAAAGAUUUUAUGUACUUGACGAUUGUAUCAUAUUGCUUUUUAAAAAAUUUUAUAUAUAUAUAAUUUAUAAAACAAAAAUAAUUAUUUCUCUCGGUAAGCUUAUUAAAUAAACACAAAUCAGCUGACUUUUUAACUUCAAAUUAAGCUCUUUGAGCCAAAAUUAGAUACUCUCAUAUCUCGAUAACGAAGCCGUCAUCUGUAACCGUAGUAGAGAGACAUACGAAAUACGAUAUAUAAAGAACGGGCUACCAAAUAGUCUAUUAUAAUACUCAACUUUCUGUUUGUGAAUCAAAGAUGGUGGCUGCGAGUGUCGACUGGUGAAUUCCCGUGGGUUUUGUCGACAUGUUACGACUAGUUCCUAACCAGUUGCGACGGUUAGUAUAAUUAGGCUAGUGGUAAGUCAGUUGAAAAAUUUUACAGGAAUUCACCAGUCGAUACUUGCACUUACUACGGGCUUUUUUAUAAGAAUAUCAAAAUUCUAACAA